AUGUCUAGACACUCUCUGCCUAUGCGCUCAUCACGAUCUUCACAGUCACGGUCAGCCUCAAAACCAACACGGAAUAUUGUGGAGUCCCCGGAAGGUCCUCCGUUGAAGAAGCGCAAGUACGUGCCUGGAGGACCGGGAGGUGGUGGAAGAUUCGUCGAUCUCGAGGGCGCGCGGCAACAACAGCUCCUCCAAGACACAUCACCGAACAAGAAAUCAAACAACAUUUCUCGGCGUCAUUCCACCAGUUCAAGAAGCCGCCCGGCUCGCGAAAUCGAACAACCCAUCCACGCUGCUCCUCCUCCGCCACCACCCCCUGUGCCUACCACACCACCCUCCAUUCGACCAAGAAGAGAUAAGAGUUCAACCCGAGGUCGCUACACCUCGUCCACAGCCGCAGCCCUGGCUUUACAGCAAGGAGAUGGAUACAAACCGCGCGAGGAGCGGGGGUGGGAGGAGUUUCACCCAGACUUGGACAUUGACAGCAAGCUUGCGGUCUUCACCUCGGGGGAAGUAGACCAGGUCGACCCGUCCGUCAAUGCCUUGACACUCGAAUCCAUUGCGGGUGCUAAAGUCCAGGAGAGCUCUGGUACGGCCAUGAUUCAUUCCGCCGAAUUACCCUCGCCGAUUCCCUUCAAGCGCAGACCAGGCCGUCCGCCGCGUCGCCCAGAGGCCAUCCUCAAUGCCUUGAUCGCGCAACAACAGCUACCCAAGGUGGUUCCGCCACCGGGUCCGAACCCCCGCGAGAAACUGACCCUGCCGAAACCAUCAUUCCGGCUCAAGGACCCAUUCACAUUCUACGAAAAGAAAGGUGUGGGACAGCAGAACUAUGUUGAUCGGACGAUGGCGAGCGUCGGAUACCAGGAGAGCGAUCUGUUCAUCCGUCACGAUCGACGGUUUAUUCGCAUGACCGAGGGCGCGCAGGAGGACGAUAUGGAUAUCAUUCAACCGGUCGUGACAGAGGGUGACGUGAAUGCCGCGAUUGGACGCGUCGAGUAUGACAUGGACGAGCAAGAUGAGAAAUGGCUCGAUGACUUGAAUGCCCAGCGCCGUGCAGACCAGCUGGAGCCGAUCAAGCCUGCCAUAUUCGAGAUCACAAUGACCAAGAUCGAGAAGGAGUGGCAUGCCCUCGAGAAGCGAAUCCCCAAACCAAACCCGAAGCCACCGCAGACACAGCGACCUCGCUCCAGCUCGGCGGCGGCCGUGAACGGGGAAACGGGUGGGUCUGGAGAGGAGCAGGAUAGCAAGUGUGCUAUCUGCGACGACGGGGACUGUGAGAAUUCCAACGCCAUUGUGUUCUGCGACGGCUGUGAUUUGGCGGUCCAUCAAGAGUGCUACGGUGUGCCUUUCAUUCCGGAGGGCCAGUGGCUCUGUCGGAAGUGUCAGUUGCUGGGCCGGGGGACUACCAACUGUGUCUUUUGCCCAAACACCGAGGGAGCCUUCAAACAAACCACAUCGUCCAAAUGGGCUCACUUGCUCUGCUCCAUUUGGAUUCCCGAGGUGUCGAUUGGAAACCCAUCCCUAAUGGAGCCAGUCACGGAUGUUGAAAAAGUGCCGCGCAGUCGAUGGAAGUUGUUGUGCUACAUCUGUAAACAGAAGAUGGGGGCUUCGAUUCAAUGCAGCAACAAAAACUGUUUCGUGGCGUUUCACGUCUCUUGUGCGCGGCGAGCUCAGUUAUUCUUGAAGAUGAAGAUUGGGCAUGGGCUCAUGGACUCACACCUCCUCAAGGCAUUCUGUGACAAACAUGUGCCUCCCGAAUGGCGUGUCGAACAUGGGACUGACGCGGCGACUGCGGAUGCGAUUGAGUUUUAUCGCAACACGAUGCAGGGUCGACGGUGGGGGGACAGUCAAGCGGCGGCAUUGUCGUUGGGGCCUUCACAUGCUGAGGAUGCCGACGAGGACCACACGCAGCCCCCUCGUCUCACUUUGACCGUAGGAGGAAACAAACGCAAACGCAUCCCCAAAACGGUCUGGAAGCUUCCCUCUGGCGCACCCGUUAUUCCCCAAGUUGUACUCGAUUCCGUCAUCGCGUCUCUUGGAAGAUUUACUGUUCGUGGCCGUAAACACUACGCCGAGGAGGCCUGCAAAUACUGGACUUUGAAGAGGGAAGCUAGACGAGGCGCUGCCCUUUUGAAGCGGUUGCAACUACAGCUCGAGACGUUCUCCUCAAUGGAGAUGACACGCAGAGACUACGUUGCAAUGGGGGUGACCGGUCACAAGCGCCUGCAGCGACGCAUCGAAUUUGGAGAGAUGCUUUACAAGGACCUUGAACAGUUGCGCAACUUGUGCGCGCUAGUGAAGCAGCGUGAGUUGGAGAAGCUCAAAGACGCGUACAUGCUUCGAGACAUGGUUGAUCUGGUUUACUUUCCCAUCUUCCCGCUCCUCUGGCCUAUCUUUGAGAAGGCUCAAGCUCUCGAUAGCAAGGGCACUUUUGCAGCCGGCAUGGCCUCCAUCCGAAAGCGUCUCGAAGAGCGAUUCUACCCUUCUGUUUCCUCUUUUUCUGCCGAUCUGGCCGGUCUGUUCACGUCCGAGAUUGGUGUCGCUCCGGCAGGCGAUACUGCAGCUCUUCAGGAACAAAUCAGUGGACGUGCGCCUGAGCUCAGUCUGGAACAACGCGAGAAGCGAAAGCUGGCCAAACGGAUCAUCAAGUCUAUUCAGCCAGGGCUGGAAGAUGCACUUCGAAAGGAGAGUGAACUGAAUCGCAAGCCCUUCGAGAAGGAGCUGAAAGAGCUUGAUGUUAUCUUGGACCGCAGCGUCAUGUCUCGCCGCGACUCGAUUGAACUCGAGGGAGAUGGUGAGAUCGAAGCUACCGAGCCGGUGACCAAGGCUGAACCCAUGGAGGGAGUUGAAUCCGCUGUGCCUGCUGCUAUGGACUCACACCCGGCCGAGGACGGCACUGAGCCUGCCCCUGAUGUUGAUGGCUCCACAGUCGAUGACAGUCAUCCCCCGAACGAUGUGAAGCCCGUGGUGAAUGCCAGCUAUCGUCGCCAUCCGACCCCCGUCCUGACGGAGGAAGAUCAGCAGCUUCCGUUGGCACAGGGCGGAAUUCAAUGGUAUAUGCAGCCAUUUGAUCCGGAUGGCACAACCAUUCAUGAAGAGCGCUGGACUGGACGAGAUGUCAUGCGUGGAAUGAGCGAGGAGCUCAGUGAGUUGGACGAAGAUGAGUUGAAGGAUCUGGUGGAGGAAGAAACCUCGGCCCCGGCUUUGACCGACGCUCCUGUCGAGGCGGGCCAGCUUCCAAAAGAGGUUCGUCGGACUCGUCGCGCACGCUUCCGUUGA